UCUUUUUGUAAUUAUGACGAUGAAUUCUACAGUUAAAAAUAUCAACGCCACAUUCACCAAUAAAAAUAACUUCUGUAUAGGCUUAAUUUUAUCUAUAAGUUCUUCUGUAUUUAUUGGCUCCAGUUUUGUUUUGAAAAAAAUGUCAUUGAUCCGAAUUGGUCGGCGAGGACAUCUAAGGGCAGGUGCUGGCGGAUUUGGUUAUCUUACAGAUUGGAUGUGGUGGUUUGGCCUUUUAACAAGAGAAAUGUUCAAUUUUGCAGCCUACAUGUUUGCUCCAGCAUCAUUAAUAACUCCUCUGGGGGCAUUAAGUGUUUUAGUAUCAGCUCUCUUAGCUUCCAAGUUUCUGAACGAAAAUCUCAAUAAUAUAGAAAAGAUGGGGUGUUUGCUUCGUGUCUUAGGAUCUACAAUACUUGUUCUUCAUUUACCGAAAGAAGAACAAACAAAAACGCUGCAUGAGUUGUUCAGUAGGAAGUAUAACU